CUCCUCCUCCCUGUUUCUGUCUGUCCCGCUUUGACACGCAAUGGAACAGGGCUCAUCCCGAGUGGUGGAGUCAAUUUGAAACGGGACUUCAGACAGUUAAACUGUGGAUGCUGCAGCACAGGAAAUGCCUUGUGGACUCUUGUUAGUCAUCUAGCGAUUUCACUUCAUCUGGGGAUCUCUUGUUUCUCUGCACACAGAGCGUGAAAGGGAAGAAAGUUCGUGGGAUAGGCUAACUGAAGCUACAGGACAUCUAUAGUGCGCCGGGAUGCUCGGGAUAAGUCAUUUCACUUUGACAACAGCGGCAGUUGUUGUGCUGCUGCCAUGUGUGCUGUCCUUCAACGUGGACCAGAAAAAUGGUUUGUCGUUCAGCGGUCCACUGGAGGACAUGUUUGGCUACACUGUCCAGCAGUUUGAGAACAGCGAAGGGAAAUGGGUUUUGAUUGGAUCGCCGCUGUCGGGACAGCCAGCUAAACGGACAGGAGACGUCUACAAGUGUCCUGUGGGGAAGGGGGACAACACAUGUGUCAAACUGGAGUUGCCUAAAAACACAACAGUUCCCAACUUACAUGAAGUCAAGGAGAACAUGACCAUGGGAACCACGCUGGUGACCAAUCCCAACGGAGGAUUUCUGGCCUGUGGUCCUCAGUACGGCUACAUGUGCGGGCAGCAGCAGUACAUCUCAGGAGUUUGUGCGAACGUCAGCGAUUCCUUCCAGAUUCUCAACUCUGUGGCACCGGCCGUGCAAGAGUGUGCAAAGGAGUUGGACAUUGUCAUAGUUCUGGAUGGAUCUAACAGUAUCUACCCCUGGUCCAGUAUCAUCGAUUUUCUGGAACGUUUCAUUGAGAACAUUGUGAUCGGACCUAAACUCUCACAGGUGGGGAUAGUGUCCUAUGGUGAGACUGUGACUCACCGUGUCAACCUGAGCCAGUUUGACAACACUAAAAAUCUUCUGACAUUCGUUAAAGAACUUCCUCAGCAGACCGGCUUCAAGACCAUGACUUUCCUGGGCAUCGAUACUGCCAGGAAGGAGGCCUUCAUGCCGGAGCGUGGUGCACGACCUGGGGUGAAGAAAGUCAUGGUGAUUGUGACUGACGGAGAGUCACAUGACUUCUAUAAUCUGGACAAGGUCAUCAAAGACUGUGAAGAUGAUGACAUCGAGAGGUUUGGCAUUGCUGUUUUGGGAGACUACAAUCGUCAGAACAAAAGUGCAGAAGAAGUGCAAAAGUUUAUCAAGGAGAUUGCAGCCAUCUCCAGUAAGCCGCUAAAUGACCACUUCUUUAACGUGUCAGAUGAGGUGGCCUUGUUGACCAUUGUGGAUGCUUUGGGAAGCAAGAUUUUUGCCUUGGAAGCUACAACCGGCAAUUUCACCUCCUCCUUCGGGAUGGAGAUGUCCCAAGCUGGGUUUAGUGCACAUACUUCUAAAGAAGGUGUGUUACUGGGAGCAGUGGGAGCGUAUGACUGGAACGGGACAGUAGUCAUGCAUACUGCUGGAGGAACAAUCACUCCAGGGAAGACCCAGUUCUACGACCCAGGGACUGAGGCCGGGUACGAAGGACUUGCUGGGUACCUCGGCUAUGAUGUCCAGUCAGCAUCCACCCCUGAUGGAGUGCUGUACAUCACAGGUGCACCGCGGUAUAACCACACAGGCCGGGUUGUUAUCUAUCGUCUGAAUAAAGAGAACAACACAGUCAUUGUCGUUUCACAGAUACUGAAAGGAGAACAGAUUGGUUCCUACUUUGGCAGCGUCCUGCAGACUGUCGACGUGGAUGGUGAUUCCUACACGGAUCUCCUCUUGGUCGGAGCUCCAAUGUACAUGGGCACAGAAAGAAACGAGCAGGGACUAGUCUACGUCUACAAACUCAAGCAGGACGGCCAGUUUGAGCACGAGUUCACUUUAAAGCCAAUCAAUCAGUCCUGUUGUACUGCCCACUCAGCCAGCUGCACUAAUAAAAAUGAACCAUGUGGUGCCCGGUUUGGUACGGCCAUCGCAGCAGUAACAGAUCUCAAUCUUGACGGGUUUAAUGACGUGGCGAUUGGUGCACCUUUUGAGAACGACCACCGAGGGGCUGUCUACAUCUAUCACGGAGAUAAGACGUCACUGAAAGAGAAAUUUGUACAGCGUAUCCCUGCAGGUGGGGACGGUGAAAAGGUGAAAUUCUUUGGGCAGUCCAUACAUGGAGUCAUGGAUCUAAAUGGAGAUGGAAUCACUGAUGUAACCAUAGGAGGUCUGGGAGGUGCUUCCCUAUUCUGGUCCAGAGAUGUUGCAGAGCUCCGUGCCAACAUGACUUUUGACCCUUUUAAAAUCAACCUGCAGCAGACUCAGCAUCAGUGUGAACAUGGUGGACGCAAAUCUGUGUGUGUGACAACUGAGGUGUGUUUCGUCUACAGUAUCAAAUCUGACAAGCAGGACGUAAACACUUCUGCAGAGAUCCGCUACAAUCUGACCCUGGAUGCUCUGCGUGCAAAAGCCAGGGCCUCAUUUAUUUAUUUGGAUGAUAAAAGUGAUCGUAAAAUUACCAGGAACUUCACCAUCAAAGACAGAGAGAGAAAAUGUGUGCAAGAAACCUUCAUGAUGUCGGCCCGGCUUGACUUCCGAGACCCUCUCAUGGUAUCUUUAGAAUUUGGACUUGCUGAUGAAGACCAAGGCCCCGUCCUGGAUGAAAGCCUUCCCAGAUCCAUCAAUAAGACAAUUCCCCUAGUGGACUGUGGAAGGGAUGAGAAGUGCAUUGCUGACCUCUCUCUCAAAGCAGAGCCUAAUGUCAAAAGAAUGAUGAUCAAAGCAAACAAAGACAAGAUUGACGUGAACAUCAACGUUAGAAACAGCAAAGACAACGCAUACAACACAAAAGUUACCGUCAGUUUCACACCGAACAUUAACUAUGUUAAAGUAGAGCCAGAGAUGGCAUGCACUCUGAAUCACACAAAGGUGGAGUGUGCUGUUGGAUACCCCUUCUUGGGACGCAAUGUAGAGGAAAAUUUCAAAGUGAAAUUUGAGGUAAAUCCCAAACAUAUCCAGGAUGUAAUUCAGAUCAAUGUGACAGCUACAAGUGACAGUGAAGAGCUGGCCCUGCAUGACAACACAGUGCACAUCUCCAUCCCUGUGAAGUAUGAAGCUGGACUCAUAUUCUCAGUGCGGCCUGUGGAUCAACACGUCGAAGUAAAAGAGGGUGAACAGUAUUCCAGUGCAUUCAAUGACACCAGGAUGAUCGGAGAGGAGGUCAACAUCAGCUACAUGGUGGAGAAGUCAGGUGAUAUGGUGUUUCCUCCUCUUGACCUUACAGUAAAGUAUCCUGACCUGUCGCCUCGGCAGAACAACUUACUUUACCUAACACAUGUCACCACCAGCCCACAGGUGAAAUGUGACGCAGAACGUUGGAUCAACCCUCAUAAAAUUAACCCAAAUACUAUAAUUCCCAAUACAAAGAAAGAAACUCUCAGUGUCUUUCUGCUGAGCUGUGAAAACCUCAACUGUGCAUCAUUUAGCUGCUCCAUCCCUGAAGCUACGAUCAGUCAGGUCAACGUUACAUUCAGAGUGUGGAAACCUACGUUCAUCAAGGGCGAGUUUACCAGCCUGUACAUGUUGGUGAAUGCCACGCUGGGGAUCAAAAACACAGACCUGUUUGAACUGAGCAGCAGCGACAGGACCAGAAGUGUGAAGAUCCAGGUUUCGAAAGAGAGCUUAGGAGGAAUCCCUAUUUGGAUCAUCAUCAUCAGCAUCCUGAUAGGACUCCUGAUCUUAGCACUUGUGAUCUUCGCUCUCUGGAAGAUGGGCUUCUUCAAGAGAAAAAACAGGGACUACUCAAAGGAGGAAAUGAUGGACUGAGGUAUCCAGACAUCCAGCAGCAAGCAGCUAUGUGACCGACUGCUUCCAGAGCCAUCAGGUCGCACAAAGUGACGGGCAGACUUUUAAACAGAUAGUCGGACAGAUGGAGGAGACGUCAUAAAACCCACAGACACCUCAGUGCUACAACACAGUGGCGAAAACUCCUGUGCAGACCUGGGUCAAAUAAUGUUUGCAAAUACUUCCCAAACCUUGUCUUUU